UUUUUUUUUUUCAGCCAUCUUGGACCCUGAGGAGGCCUGCUGGGAACAGGACUUCUAAAACGACAAAUAUGUCUGGAAGGCUGUGGUCCAAGGCCAUUUUUGCUGGCUAUAAGCGGGGUCUACGGAACCAGAGGGAGCACACAGCUCUCCUGAAAAUUGAAGGUGUAUAUGCUCGAGAUGAAACUGAAUUCUAUCUAGGCAAGAGAUGUGCUUACGUGUACAAAGCAAAGAACAAUACAGUAACUCCUGGUGGAAAACCUAACAAAACCAGAGUAAUCUGGGGAAAGAUAACUCGUGCUCAUGGAAACAGUGGCAUGGUUCGUGCCAAAUUCCGAAGCAACCUUCCUGCUAAGGCCAUUGGACACAGAAUCCGUGUGAUGCUGUACCCUUCAAGGAUUUAAACUUACUGAAAAGUAAAUAAAUAAAAGUGUGGAUUUGUUAAAAAAAAAAAAAAA